AUGGCAAACGAACCGAAAGUGAAUCUUGAUACGUUAUUUGAACUAGAUCCGUACCUCAAGUCGCAUGAGCAAGAGAUUCGGCGCAGAAACACUGAAUUUCGGGGAUGGAUCAAACGAUUGAACGAGCUGGAGGGUGGCCUAAAUGAAUUCACCCAAGGAUACAAGUACUACGGUCUGCACAUCGCCCAGGACAAUAGUGUAGUCGCCCGUGAAUGGGCUCCCGGCGCCAAGGAAGUGUUUUUGACAGGAGAUUUCAAUAAUUGGCAAUGGUUGGCAACACCGUACGAGAAACUGCCCUUCGGAAAAUGGGAACUCAAGAUCCCACCGAACCCGGACGGUUCCUGCGCAAUCAAGCAUCUGUCCGAGAUUAAGGUGAUCAUACGAAAGCAGGACGGUGCACUGAUUGAUCGUCUGUCACCGUGGGCAAAGUAUGUCGUAGCGCCGCCGAAAGAGUUGGGAGUCAAUUAUCAGCAACGUGUGUGGCAUCCGCCAGCCCACGAGAAGUACAUGUUCCGCCACCGGAAACCAACCCGUCCCCGGGCGCUACGUAUUUACGAGUGUCACGUAGGGAUCGCAACGGAAGAGUACGGUGUGGGCACGUACCGCAACUUUGCUGACAAUAUUCUACCGCGCAUUGCGAAGCUGGGCUACAACACGAUCCAGGUGAUGGCCAUUAUGGAGCACGCGUACUAUGCCAGCUUUGGGUACCAGAUUACGAGUUUCUUUGCUGCCUCCAGCCGGUUCGGUACACCGGAUGAGUUGAAAUACAUGGUGGACAAGGCGCACGAGCACGGCAUAUUUGUGCUGCUCGAUGUUGUGCAUUCGCAUGCGAGCAAGAAUACGCAGGAUGGGCUGAAUCAGUUCGAUGGUACGAAUGCCUGCUACUUCCACGAUGGUACGCGCGGCGACCAUCCGGUUUGGGACAGUCGUCUUUUCAACUAUUCAGAGUACGAAGUUCUUCGGUUUCUGCUGUCGAAUCUUCGUUGGUGGCGCGAUGAAUACAACUUCGAUGGAUAUCGCUUCGACGGUGUCACCUCUAUGCUGUACCACUCGCGUGGCGGCGAGGGCUUUUCGGGCGAUUACAACGAAUACUUUGGGUUGAACGUCGACACGGAAGCACUCAUCUAUCUGGCGAUCGCAAACUACUUCCUGCACGAGAUGGACCCGAACGUGAUUACGAUCGCGGAGGACGUUAGCGGUAUGCCGACGCUCUGCCGUCCCACGGAAGAAGGUGGUGUUGGGUUCGACUAUCGUCUCGGCAUGGCCAUCCCGGACAAGUGGAUCCAGGUGUUGAAAACGAAGAGCGACGAAGAUUGGAACAUUGGCAACAUUGUGCACACGCUAACGAAUCGCCGCUGGAAGGAAAAUACGGUUGCGUACGCCGAAUCGCACGAUCAAGCGCUGGUAGGCGACAAAACGAUCGCUUUCUGGCUGAUGGACAAAGAGAUGUACACGCACAUGUCCACCAUGUCCGAACCCAAUCUUAUCAUUGACCGUGGCCUUGCGCUGCACAAGAUGAUUCGCCUGAUCACGCACAGUCUGGGUGGGGAGGCUUAUCUGAAUUUUAUAGGUAACGAGUUCGGACACCCGGAAUGGUUAGAUUUCCCGCGCGUCGGUAACCAACAAUCGUAUCAUUAUGCCCGUCGCCAGUGGCAUUUGGUGGACGAUCAGAUGCUCAAGUAUCGCUUCCUGAAUGAGUUCGAUCGGGCGAUGCAUCAUACCGAGGAAAGGUAUCACUGGCUCGAUUGUCUGCCGGCGUACGUUAGCUGGAAGCACGAGGACGAUAAGGUGAUCGCGUUCGAGCGCAACAAUCUGCUGUUUUUGUUCAACUUUCACAGCACGAAAAGCUUCACCGAUUACCGCAUCGGGGUGGAGCUGGCAGGUAAGUAUCGCGUCGUGCUAAGCUCGGACGAUGCUGAAUUUGGAGGUUUCAAUCGCAUCGAUAAGAACGUCGAGCAUCACACAUUCCCGGAGGGAUGGGCCGGUCGUCGGAACUAUAUGCAGCUCUAUUUGCCCUGCCGAACCGCUUGCAUCCUUGCGCCACAGUAA